AUGGACCCGCAUCUCUACCUCACCAACAUGCCCUCCCAAUCCUCAAACCCAACACUUAAUCCAAACCCAGAAACAAGAGCAACCAUAAUCCCUUCAACAUAUACAACAACCACACCCCCAGAAUCCUUCCCAACUCCCGCAAACGGCACCCUAUCCUGGCACACUCUAAUCUCGCAACCAACCACACCAACAUCAGACCUCUCCGCCGGCAUCGCCGUCUGCCCUCCUCGCACAGGACACCUCUGUGCACACCGGCACGUCCAGGCUGAGAUAUACCAUAUCCUCGAGGGAGAAGGGGAAGUCACUAUUGACGGGGUGGUUAGUAAAGUGAAUGCAGGGAGUACGGUGUUUAUCCCUGGUGAUGCGGAGCAUGGGAUUGUUAAUACUGGGAGUGGGGAUUUGAGGUGGUUUUAUGUUUUUCCGACGGGGGCUUUUGGGGAUGUUGUUUAUAGAUUUUCGGAGGAGGGGAUGGCGAAGGCGAAGCUUUAG